CAGCUCUAUAAGAAGACCUCCACACACUUCUAAGGAACACUGAAGUUCAAAUUCUCAAAGCUUCUUCUUCAGGCUGGUUAGAGAUCAUCUGCGAAGAUGCUCCGAAACGUCUUUCUUGUCAGCUUGCUCAUAUAUGCAGUCUGUGCAGCUCACUGGGAGAUUCGUGAAGUGGACUCUGCUGAGGAUGAACUUGAAGAAAUCCUUGCUGACAUGACGGAACAGCAAAUAUUUGAUAAGUGCGCGAUAUGUAAAUACAUCAUGAAGAAGGUGAAAAAAAGAAUCCCCUCUAAUGCAACGCCGGAUGAAAUCAAAACCAAGCUGAACAACACCUGUGAGAAGGCCAGGCUGCUGAAAUCUAAGUGCAAGCACUUUGUUGAGAAGUAUUUGAGCACUCUGAUUGAUGAGCUGAUGACUGAUGACGGGCCAAAAACCAUCUGUAUUAAACUUAAUGCCUGCAAGCCAGAACCACCCAUAAAGGAGUUCAUUCUUGCUUUUAACAGUUUGUGAAAUAAUAAAUUAUUACUGUGAAUGCAUUUUAUGUAUUCUAUGUGCAUUACAAUGAAAACAAAAUAAAAAUAUACGAAUAAAACAA